GCCUACCAAACUCAAACCUCACUGCACUAGUUUAUAUAUGCUGGUGCAUGUUGGCGGGCUUUUACUUGACUGCUGUUGUGACUGUUCAAUCUGAUUCGAGCUAAAUCCUCAAUGUUAAUAAACACGAGGAUCAACCCAAGAAUUACUAUCUUUCCCACAUGAUGAACAAAGUAAGUUUCAUUAGAAGCUCAUUUGAUCUUGUUCUUUUUAUUCAGUCUUUUCCUCAAACAGUUUCUGUUCGUAGUCUUGUUUAAAAAAAAAAAAAAAAAAAAGGAAUCUCUGACCAUUUAUGUAGUUGUUUUCGGUUGCAUAGUAUAGUAUUUAUCUCUGCUGAUUGAGUUGCUGGAAAUGCAAGGAAUCAGAGCAAUAAGAUCAAACUUAUUGGGUGCCGUGAUUCGUGUUUGCACCCAUUUAAGUUCUGCUUAUGUAAAAUCGUCCCAAUACGCAAACCCCAUCAAUGAAACAACUUUGAUAAAGCCUGUCAAUGGUUUUAGGUUUGCAUUGCGGUUCUCUUGUUACUCUACUUCAAAUCUUGAAACCCCAAUUGCACCUAAAAUCUCCAAAUUAGAAGAAAAAGACUGUGAUGAGAGCGAUAGUGAAAUUGAUAACGAUGAUGAUGAUGAUGAUGAUGAUAAAGAGGUUAUUGAUGUAUCUGAUUUUAAACAAUUGAAUAUAAGUGAUGAGAGUGUAGUCAAAGAUGUGAAUACCCUUGUAGAUAUAUUACGCGAAUAUGGUAAUAAACGCCCGGAAAUGAAAGCCAAGAUUGAGCAAUGUGGUAUUAGUAUAUCAUCAGAGGUGGUGGUGGAGGUUCUUUCUCGGGUUCGAAAUGAUUGGGAGGCAGCAUUUACUUUCUUUCUAUGGGCUGGAAAGCAGCCGGAUUAUGUGCACUCUACACGUGAAUAUAAUGCAAUGAUAGCUACUCUUGGCAAAAUGAGGAAGUUUGAUACAGCAUGGGCAUUGAUUGAUGAGAUGAGAGGGGGAAGGACAGGUCCUUCUUUUCUGACAAAGCAGACUCUAUUGAUCAUGAUUAGGAGAUAUUGUGCUGUGCAUGAUGUCGGGCAUGCCAUAAAUGCUUUCUAUGCUUAUAAAAGGUUUAAAUUUGAUGUGGAUAUUGAUGAUUUCCAAAGUCUUUUAUCAGCUCUUUGUCGAUACAAGAAUGUGCAAGAUGCUGAGCAUUUGAUGUUUUGUAACAAGGAGGUGUUCCCAUUUAAUACCAAGAGUUUUAAUAUUAUACUUAAUGGAUGGUGUAAUAUCAUUGGUAGUCCACGAGAGGCAGAGAGAGUUUGGAGGGAAAUGAGUAGGAGAGGCAUUCGACGUGAUGUUGUGUCAUUCUCAAGUAUCAUGUCUUGCUACUCGAAAACAAGUAACAUUCAUAAGGUGCUCAGGCUUUUUGAUCAAAUGAAAAAAUGGGGGAUUGAACCAGAUAGAAAGGUUUACAAUGCGGUCAUUCAUGCUUUGGCAAAAGGUAGGUUUGUGAGAGAAGCAAUUAAUAUCCUGAAAAGUAUGGAAGAGAAGGGUAUAGCUCCAAACACUGCCACCUAUAACUCAUUGAUGAAACCUCUCUGUAAAGCACGAAAAAUUGAUGAGGCUAGGGAGGCCCUAGAUGAUAUGUUGCAGCGGGGUCUCAAACCCACAAUUCAGACUUACCAUGCCUUCUUGCGUGUAAUGAGAACAGGAGAAGAAGUGUUUGAGCUGCUUAAGAAUAUGAGAGAGACUGGCUGCCAACCAGAUAAUGAUACUUAUAUCAUGUUAAUUAGAAAGUUUUCUCGGUGGCGCCAGUUUGACAAUAUCUUUAAGGUGUGGAAUGAGAUGAAUGAGAAUGGAAUUGGUCAUGAUCGCAGUUCAUACAUUGUGCUGAUACAUGGGCUCUUUUUGAAUGGAAAGCUGGAGGAAGCGCACAAGUAUUAUAUAGAGAUGAAGGAAAAACAGUUUUUGCCAGAACCUAAAACAGAUGAGAUGAUUCAUGAUUGGUUAUCCAGUAAGCAGUCUGCUGAGCGUCAGGUGGCAGAGUUCAAAGCUAAUAAUCUUCAGUCAGGUAAGCAUACUGGGAUAGUCUCCAGGAGAUCUGAAGAGGACAGAGAUUUUCUUCGACGACCUGAAACUAGAAGGGUUGUGAGAGAGCGGGGAUUUUCUUUCUGGGAGCACUAGAUUUAAGUAACAAUAAAUCUUCACGGUAUGUGUUUUGUGUAUGAAUUUGAUUAUAACUUACAUUUGUCUUGAGUUUAUAUAUAAACAUAAUAGAGGUGAGUUACACUUUAUAUAUACAUUGAAAAAUCAAGGUACUUUUUUACUGACUGUUAUUGUUGUGACAAAUCAUAAAAAAUAACUAACUGUCCUCAUUUUAUGCAUCAACUCAGCCCAGACGUGCUGAAAAUUGA